AUGGCGAGUGACGGGAGCAAUAUGCGCCCGGUUCACUUCACCACCGUCACCCUCUUGUUUUGUAGCGCCGCGUUGGGAAUCGCCUGGCCAUGGCGGCAGUCGGCCAGCCCGCCUGUGCAGCUCCAGGUCAAGGAGAGACUCGACGCGACGCGGUCCGGUCUCGGUUGGGCUUCUCUGGUGAGGAGCGUGCGGAAUGUGCCGAGCAGGGCCCGGCAUCUGCAUCGCUCUCUCGUCCUUCUCCUCGUCUGCGUCGUUGCGCGAUCGGCCUUGUUCUGGCUUACCAUCCGCACGACGCAGUGCUCUCGCGUGGGCAUCGAGGCCUUCUUGCCCCUGUUUUCCCUGUUCGCCGAGCUGGCCCUGCCCGACGAACCUGCGAGCUCGUCUCUCGCCCGAGCCGGCUGGCCGUCGGCCAAGUCUCGUCUGGGCCGAUGGCUGUCGUCGAGAACGGCGUAUGCCGUCUGUGCCUCGGCGUGGGCCCUGUCUGCCAUGUCGGCUCUCGACGGCACGCGCGUCGAGACCGGGACGGCAUGCCCGGCCGGUUGGCGCUGGACCUUGACCCCCUUGGCCCAGUCCGUCAUGUGCGUCCUUGAUGCCGUCGCCCUCGGCUGUGGAGCGCGGCUUCGAGCGCGCGAGGUCGACGACGACGCCGACGACGUGUCCGAGUCGCUUGCGGCCGGCCUCUUGUUCGCCGCCGGCUGCGUCUUCCUGCUCUCCUUUCCCUCUUGGCUCUCCGACUCGGGCCUGUACUUGGCCUUUAGUCUGUCGGCCCGAGACAUCUGGCAGCUCUGUGCCCACUCGCUCGUUGCCGCGACCGCCAUCCUCAGCGCCCUCCAUCUCCUCCGAGACUUUCCUCCGACGUUGGUCGCUUUGAUCAUGACCGAGGUCGGUCUGUUCGGCCACCGGUAUCCCAAACUACACGUCGACCUCGUCGCUCUCGUCCUUCCCUCCACCGGCCUCGCCGCUCAACAACCUCUCUUGGCCGCUCUGCUAUCCACCAUGCUGUGGCGUCUUGCGGCAUCUCUUCGUCCCGCUCUGCAAACGCAGACCUUCAGGAUUCUGCACAAGUGGCUGCUGGCCUCCCAUGUCGGCGUCGUCCUGUUUGCUGCCGCCUGCGAAACGCUGUUCCCUACAUCCCCAGCAGUUGUCUCCGUGGGACAGGCGGUUGAGGAGCUUGUGUUCUCGGCCAAGGUCGAGAGGGAUGGUUGGCUGUCCCGCGCUUCGGUCAGCACGUCGUUGCCCGAGGCCGUGGCCGAGUACACGAGGCGUCACGGCAUGCCACCGCCGCCCAACUUUGACAAAUGGUACGCCUUCGCCGUGGAGAAGGAGUCGGCCAUUGUCGAUGAUUUUGGCCAAAUCUACCGGGACACGCGGCCGUUUUGGGGCGUCGAACCCUCCGUCGUCAGGGGCAGAACGAUGCACCUGCUGGAGAACCCGAUGCUCGGCAUGGGAGGGUUGAGCAUCGAAAAUGGGACGGUAGACUUGUCGCCGCAUAUCCCCGGAACGCAUCGCUGGAUGGCCGAGUCGUUCCGGCAGAUGAUUGAGCCCUUUGCGGCUUGGUUGCCCGACAUGGUGCUGGCCAUGAACCUCGACGACGAGUGCCGCGUCGCCGUGCCGUUUCGCGAGAGGGAAGCCCUCGAGGCCAGGGCAGCGGACAGCACAUCUCGCCUGCUCGUCAACAGCAUCGGUGGUGAGACGACGGCGGAAUUCACGUCGGCCCACGUCUCCGUUCCGGCCUCGACCGGCCCCUUCCCGGAGCCGACCGGUCCGGGAUGGGGUCUCUUCGGCGUCGACUCCGUCGGACCCCAUUUCACCGACAACGUCCGCCGGCCCAUCUAUCCAGGCUGGGUGGCAGCCGCCUGUCCGCCGGGGUCAGCGGCGCGCACGAGCCGGUGGUGGGACUGGAGCAGCCUCUGCGUCGCCUGCAUGGAGCCGCAUUCCCGCCUGACCUCCGGUGGCCCCGUGCUCUCCAACGCAACCUUGGCUCACAGUCUCUGUCAUCAGCCAGACGUUGCGCGCCUUGACGGCUUCGCCAUGUCGCCCUCAUCCAUGGUCGGCACCAACACCCUGUUCCCCGUCUUCAGCCAGGGACGCGUCGGCGGCUUCUCCGACCUUCUCGUCCCUUCUCCCUGGGAUUACAGCGACAAGAGCGCCCAUGUCGAGGCCGAGGAUGUGCACUGGGUGAACAAGACCAACGGAUUAUACUGGCGAGGGUCGGCCACGGAUGGCUUUGCCGCUCAUGGCGUGUGGCCUGGCUUUCUUCGAGCGAGAUUCGUCCACGAGGCCUACGAGGUGGCCAUGACCCAGUCGGGCGACCCCUCAAACGACCUCUCCGUCAACGCCUCCUACGUCGACGUUUUACCCAAGUGCGACCCUGGCGACUGUGCCGACGAGCUGGCCUCCUUUCGACACUGGGGCUCUGCCGCGACGGACUCAAGGCCAGCCGAAGCGGAUCGAGUCUCGGCGCCUCUGCCCUUCAAGGAGAGCUGGACGUUUCGCCAUCUCAUGGACAUGGACGGCGCCGGCUUUAGCGGCCGCUUUCGUUCCUUUCUGCAGAGCCACAGCCUCGUCUACCGCGCUGCCCUCUUCCGCACCUGGUAUGACGAGCGCAUCUUUGCCUGGCACGACUAUGUUCCGGUCGACGUGCGCCUCGGACGCGGAUUUUGGGCCACGCUGCGGUACCUCGCAGGUGUUUCCGGCAUCGGGGCCCAACCGGAGUCUGGAGAUCAGGGGGCGAGCGAUAAAUCUACCGGCGAGCGGACGGCGCGAAAGAUUGCCUCCCAGGGUCGCCGCUCCGCUUUGGCGCAUUUGCGGAAAGAAGAUAUGCAAGUCUACAUGUUCCGCCUGCUGCUGGAAUGGGGGAGACUGGUGAGUGACGACCGGGAGAAGCUGGCUUACUCCGUUGAUGGGCAAGGGAGCCGAAACCUGAAGCGAAGCGUGUAA